AGUAGCAGCCGACGUUCUGGGAUAUUGGUGGAUUUAUAUGUUCUGUAUGGCUGCUUUUCCUGAAAGUGAAGUGCAAGUUACAGAAUUUCAUGCACGAAAACAGUGGUUACAAAUUUUGGAGGGAAAAGUUAGGGUCCCCUCGUCUUAUUCUUGCUCCUAUGGUAGAUCAAAGUGAGCUCGCGUGGCGAUUACUUAGUCGUAAAUAUGGUGCUGAAUUAUGUUUCACUCCUAUGCUUCAUGCAUCAGUUUUCGUUAAAGAUUCUCGUUAUCGAAGAGAAAAUUUGAUAACAUGUCCUGAAGAUCGACCUCUAAUUGUUCAGUUUUGUGCUAAUGAUCCCAAUAUCUUUGUUGAAGCCUGCAAACUCGCAGUUGGUCAUUGUGAUGCUGUUGAUUUGAAUUUAGGUUGUCCUCAGUCAAUUGCACGCCGAGGGCAUUAUGGUGCUUUUCUACAAGAUGACUGGAUUUUGCUAAAAGAAAUGGUUAGCAAAGUUCAUGAAGAGGUGGAAAUUCCAAUUACAUGCAAAAUUAGAAUUUUCUCUGAUAUUCAGCGCACUAUUCAGUAUGCUCAAAUGUUAGAAGCGGCUGGAUGUCAGUUGCUGACAGUUCAUGGUAGAACCAGAGAGCAGAAAGGGCCUCUUACUGGUUUGGCUAGUUGGGAACACAUUAAAGCUGUUAAAGCCAAUGUGAAAAUUCCAGUUUUUGCAAAUGGCAAUAUUCAGUACCUGUCAGAUGUUCAUAAGUGCUUUGAAGAGACAGGAGUUGAUGGAGUUAUGAUUGCUGAAGGCAGUCUUCACAAUCCAGCCUUAUUCCAAGGUGCUAACCCUUUUAUUUGGGACAUGGCCAUGGAAUAUUUAGAACUUGUAAAGCAAUAUCCUUGCCCUAUGUCAUAUGUACGUGGGCAUAUGUUUAAACUUUGCCAUCACUGCCUCGUUAUGGAAGAAAACAAAGAAAUACGUCAAAAAUUUGCUGUUGCCAGUAAUAUUGAGGAAUUUUCAUCUGCUGUUUUAGAGUUAAAGAAUAAAUAUGAAAAACAGUCAACUGAUGGUAGCUCUUUAAACCUCAUUAAUGAAAGUAACCUUCCUUUUCCACCAUGGAUAUGUCAACCUUAUGUGAGACCUCCGCCAGUUGUUAAUUUGAAAAAUGAAGUGAACUCUGCCACUUGCUCAACACCUUCUGUGAUACCUCAAAAGAGAUCAAAUGAUGAAAACUCUUUAUCUAGGAAAAAGUUAAAAAAACUCCAGCGAAAUCCUGACAAACAGUUUGGUGCUAAAAAGCAAAUGUUUGAGAAGUGCAAUAUUUGUUAUAAUCCUAAGGGUACAAAAUGUGCAUAUCAACUGUGUAAAGCUUGCUGUAGAGAAAAAACUUGUAAGCAAAAGCUGGACUGCAAAGGACAUCGAUUUUCCUUUAAUAAAAACAAAUCAUCAAAUCAUAUGAAUAAUGAUGGUAUCACAAUAAAUAAGGAUAUGGAUAUUUCCAGAAGUAAAGAUGAUUGCCAAGGAGCUGUUACAGUAGCACAUUUAUGACUAAAUUGUGUUUGAUUCUGUUUUUGAUAUGCUUUAUUUUAUUAAGACAAAAUGUUAUUAAAAGACUUGAUAACUAUUUUAUAAAUGCAUCUUUAAAAUUGAUUGUCCUGUAUUAAAUUUAACUGUUUUGCAUUAAAAAGAUUAUCACUUUGUAGUGGGGGAGCUCUUGCAGUUUGUAACCUGAUAGUUUUAAAUAAAAUUAGAAAAAAUAAUAGCAUUCAAAAAAA